CUGAAAAAUCCAGGGUUUACUAACAAAAGACAAAAAAUAUUAAAACCUUUCUUACUGUGAGUUCUGCUAAAAGAAAAGUAUUUUUAUUUCAGUAGUUGUGUUAAAACUACUGUAUAAUGCAUUACUAGACUAUCAGUCUUCCUUCAAUAGAUAUAAUCAUUUUAAAUUAUUUUAUGGGUAAAAUUUUCCAGGAAAUGUUGCGGCAGGAAGUGUUGAGUGGUGGCACAGCUGACGUGGUAGGUUUUUAUCUCUUUUUGCCAUGAUGGUUUUGAUACCUGAUCACAGUUGUUUUCCAUUGAUUUAAGAUAAUUCAAUCAUUUUAGUUUUAUUAAUGAUUUUCAUAAUUAAAAAACUGUCUGAGUUUAAUACCUGCCAUAUAUCUUCACCUUCAUGAUCAUCAUUAUUGUUAUCAUCAUCAUCAUCAUCAUCAUCAUCAUCAUCAUACCCUUUACUUGUGACAAUGGAAGGCUCCAAGUAUUGUGUGUUUUUUCUUUUUAUUAAUGCAAUGUGGAGUAGUUGUGAAUUGUACUCUGUUUUAUUUUCUUUUGUAAAGGAUAAGAGUGUGAUCUCAGCAGGAAUGGUUGCUAGUGAGGCCAGUAAAGGCAUGGGCCCUGAUGAGGAGUCAUUUAAUGUUCCUGUACCUGUUACACAGAAGGUACAUACUACUUUGCCAUGUGUCUUAAAUUUUAAACAAAUAAUAACAAUAAUUUAUUAUUGAUAGACAAACAGGAGCGUUUGCUAUCAGUUUUAUACAUCCUGACCCAAACUAUCGUAGUGUCUUUGUCAGAUAUGUAGAUUUUAUGCGUCAGAAUUGACUUCAGGUUAAAUUUUUUUAUUACCUAGGUUGAUCCUCAAUACUUCCUUCGUCUACUAGGGCUAGGAGACAAUAAGAAUCAACCUGCAGUGAAUCAAAAUUGACCUGAAAUCAAAUUUGACCAGUAACAAAGACAUUCAGAACAUUAUUCUUUUUGGUUCAUAUUUCCUUUAUGUUAUGCAUAUGAGUAUAGGAAAUUUGUGCACCACAAACAUGUCGCUGGUUCUAUUUAUCUGUUGUUAUUACUGUAUUACAAAGAUAUGGAGUAAAACAGUUGUGCCAUAGGGGUAAAUAAUUAUUUGCCAAAAAUGUGCUUGUACAUAAAUAACAGCAAGAUUAUGACUUCAGGACAUUUUCUUGUUAGCCAACACAAAAAUAUCAUUGAUAGUUUUGGACAGAAAUCCAACAGUGGAAAAAUGUACCAUCACAGCAAUACUUGUUAUUAAUUUUUAGUUUCUUUAAUCUAUUCUCAGGUUUACCUCUGGGCAGACAAGUACAGACCUAGGAAGCCAAGGUUCUUCAACAGAGUACACACUGUAUGUUUUUCACUGUUUUGAUUAUGCCAACAAGUUUUGAUAGCAUACAAUACAAUUUUUCAGAUAAGCUUCACUGUUCGAGCAAAAGCAUCCAUUGCCUUCCUUGCACUUUUAAUAACCUUUUUUCUCAGUCAGUUACAGUCAGCCUGUUAGUGAGCGGUUGUGUUGGGGUAGAGGAGGGAAGGUGCAGGAAGUCACUCAAGGAGUGAUUGCAUCAUCCCCACCAAUCUAUAUUUUGAAUCAUUUUCAAAUUUCUUAGACAAGCUUGCAAACUUCUCUCUCCCUUACUAUACCUUGUACCUGAGAGCUGGCUUGUGGGGUAGGUAUUAUACAUGUAGUUGCUUGCGGCUGCUACAGCCUGUAUGUGCAUUCCAAACAGCUUGUUCAUUAUCGUUGUUGUGGUCAAAUUUUGACCAGAAUGAAAUAGGGUCACUUAGGGCACUCUUAUUCUGUAGUAUAAUAAUUGUAUAUAGCUUCUUGCCUCUACAUACAUACAUACAUAAACUUUAUUUAUCCUCGGAUUUUAGUGUAGCUUACAUAGCUAGUAUCUCCGAUCCUAACUAAUUUUAUAAGUUACAACAUAUAUAAUAUAAUAUUAAUUGAAGUAGUAUUUACAAAACUAAAACCGUGCACUAACAAUUUGCGCUUAAAUUCACUAUAAUCUACAGUCUUUCUAAAGUGAUCAGGUAGAGAAUUCCAGUACUUAACAGAUGAAUAGCUAAAGGAAUUUAGACCAUAUGUGGUUGUAGACGGCUUAGGAAGUGAUAAAAUAUUAAUACCCCGUAGGGAGUAAGCAGUAGAUCUUAACUUGAUCAGUUGUUUUAAAUAGCACGGAUAUUUACCAAAAUGGAGACAUUUGAAUAUACAAAUCAUCAUACUUUGUAUCCUCCUGUUGGCUAAACCACACACACCAGCCUUGUCUAGAAGAGCGUCAUAGUUCGAGUCCCAGUCCUUUAAAACAAAUCUUAAAAUACGUCUAUUUAAGGUGUCCAGUUUGACAGAAUCUUCUGAAUUACAAAAGUGCCAUAUCAUUGAACAGUGGUGAAAAUGGGGUAAGAUAAACGCUUUAUAAAGGCGAAGCAUAAUUUCAGAUGAGAUAAGUUUGCCAAAUCUUUUGAAGACACUGAACUGAUUAUUUAUUUUUUUGCAUACAGAGGAUAUGUGAUCCUUGAAAUUAAGUUCAUUGUCUAGAGAUAUUCCAAAAAGAUCCAGGCAUCUUGUGGUUAAAAAGGAGAAAGGGUAAUCGGUUUUGCCAAGAACCAUCCCUUGAUGUUUAGCAGGGUUUGCUUUCAUCCCAUUGUCUUCGAACCAUUUAUUUGCUAUUUGUACAUCAUGAUUGAUCCGCCGUUCCAAGGCUACUGGGUCUACAUCAGAUGAGUGCAGUUGGCAGUCAUCGGCAUAAGUGUUUAAUUUUACAGACUUAAAUAAAUGUGAAAGAUGAGGUCGUUGAGGAACAUGUUGAAAAACAUGGGCCCCAGGACGCUGCCUUGAGGCACGCCCCACUUCACACUCAUCCAAUCCGAAUAAGUAUCACCAAUUUUCACUCGCUGCCUUCUAUCCGUCAAGUAGUCACCGAUAAGGGUGCAGUUGGAUUCGUGCAAGCCAUACGCUUUCAGUUUUGCUAAAGUAGCCUCUCAAAAACGUUAUUGAGCGCGGGUAAUACGGUCACUGGUCGAUAAUUGCUUUUGUUUAGUUCAUCGUCCUUUUUAAAUAAAGGAGUAACUUGACCUAAUUUCAAGCGCGACGGAUACUGUCCUGUCCUAAUCGAGUGAUUCAUUAUUGCAGCUAUAGGACCAGCAAUCGCGUUGGCAGACUCUUUUACCAGUCGCGGUGGUAUUCCGUCAUAACCACAGGAUUUACGGGAGUUGAUUUUGAGUAACAAAGCUUCCACUUGGGUUUUAUUAGUAUAUUGAAAAGCAAAAUUGUUUCUCGCAGCGAUCUGCUCAUUGUUAUUAAAAAUCGCGUGAAUGCUAGGAUGUGCAUCUAACCCUUUUCCAUAAAUCUGUUCAGUAAUCUCUGGCACGCCGUCCGCGAUGUUCACGAAAUAACUAUUAAAAAGCUUCGCUACUUGUUUCUUGUCUGUUAUUACGACAUCGUGUUCUUUUAGUAUUAUGUCAUUAGCUUGCGUACUUUUCCUUGAAUGCAAAAAUGGGCGGUAUGUGUCCCAGAACUCCCUUGGGUUUUCCGACUCACUUUUCUUGUCAAAGAAAGUUUUAAUAGCUUUACGUCUUAGAGAAGCGCAAGUGUUCCUUUGUCUCUUGUACAAUUCAUAAUUAGUAUCAGUUCUUUCACGAAUGAAGCUCUUGCACAAACGGUUCUUCUGACGAUUAGCUCUGCGCCAUUGUUCAUUCAUAAAGGGAACUUGAUUUCCCUUUAUGCGGACCUGUUUCAAAGGUGCGUGCUUACAAAGAAUGUCCUCAUAUAAACAAUCAAACACGUAGAGCCUAUCAUCAACGUCGUCAAAUAUUUCAGCUACUUGGAAAGGAACAUUAUGCAAAUCAUGUAGAAAAUGCUGUUUAUCAAAAUUCUUAAGGCUUCUAAAUCGUAUUUCCCGAGAUCGUAUUCUCGGUUCCGAUGCUGUGAGAAUGGCAAACACAAGAGAGUGAUCACUUAUGUUAACAUGGACUACGCCCCAGAGACUGUAUUUUCUUCACGUUGUCAGUGAGAAAAAGGUCCAGUGGGGUUUCUGAUGUUCUAGUGAUACGGGUGGCUUCAUGUAUUAAAUUCUUCAAGUCGUAAAUAUCUAGUAGGUUUGCCAUGACACAACCAUCCCUUGGCGGCUUGUCUGGUAGUAAAACAUAUCCGAGUUAAAGUCACCUACCAAAAAGCAGUUACCAGGGAGUGUUGUGAUCGCCUCCAGUAUAGAGGAUAGUUCAAAUUUCCAUAGAGAUUGUGGGACAGACACAGAUGUUGGAGGUCUAUAGAUACCGACAAUAUUAUUGUUACCUACUUCUUAGCUAUCCUCACCUUCAGCAACUGAUUUAUUCAAUAGAUAUAGGCAAAUGGAAGAUUUAUAUUCUAAUUUCUGUUGAAAAUAUGAAUUGGCUACUUGUUGUAUGGAAUAGCUCUUACUUUUAAGGGCUAGUUUCUUUAAAAAGGAUUAGGGUAUUUGAUAUCUUACUUUCUUUUUUUUGUUCUUAACUGUAUAGGGUUAUGAGUGGAAUAAAUACAAUCAAACACAUUACGACAGUGAUAAUCCUCCACCCAAGAUAGUACAGGGAUACAAGUUUAAUGUAAGCUGAUGUUUUACCAGUUUUGCAGACCAUUCUUUUCGUGAAUUAUGCUGUUGAUUACUUGCUAACCAGUAAACUUGAACCCUUUCUGAAACUGCCCAAGAUCAGCUCAAGAGUCUAGCCUAGUUUGUUAAACCUUUAUACAGAACAUGAGGCCAACUUGUCUACCAUCUUGACACUUGUUGUAACAAUGCAGCUGUUGCUCUUGUUAAUGAGCUCUAUUAUUGCAUUUUCAGAUAUUUUAUCCUGAUCUAAUUAACAAGAGUGAAGCACCAGAAUAUUUUUUGGUAACAUUUUUUUGUUUCUAUUUCUUACACAAAUUAUGUAAUUAUCGUAAGUAUUUUUGGGUUGAUGAAGGAGAUGCUUCCUAUAUUAAAUAGAGUCGUUGGCUGUUCUGUGUGUUCGUGGGCAACCUGUACAUGUUCCAAGUGUAAGAGAUCGAGAAAAGAGGUUGUCAUGUGUCGGUUCCAAAUUUGCAGCAUCAUGAAAUGUGACAAUGGCAUCCAGCAUGCCUAGCGUACCCUGCACCAUUUUGAAAUGUCACAAUAGUAUGUCUGCGUCACAACAGUAGCCAUCAUGCCCAUCACGUUCCCAUUCCCAGCGCGUUUCGUAACAUUUGGAUCUUGCUUCCUCGAUCUUUUCUUUUCUAAAUCCUUCAUACAUCAAAGGCUGAUCAAGGAAGUAUUCACUAUUCCUGGAGCUUUUGCAAUGCGUGAUGUCCAAAUGGCAUAUUCUGUCAUAUUACUGCUGGCACAAAUCUAGUGCCUAAGGCCCUAAGGUGACGCAUUAUAUAUUACUAUAUUACUGCUGGUUGUUUAACAUAUUUUGGCAUUCAAUUGUUACACCAUAGAUAUUUAAACAUGUGUAAGCUAAAAGUAACAGGCUAGUCCAUGAUUCACUUUCAGGAACAAAGUCCUGGAGAUUCAAAGGAUUUUGCAGUCCUUAGGUUCCAUGCAGGGCCACCUUAUGAGGUAUGCUGACAGACUUCAGCCUAAGUGGUAACCCCACUUUGAAAAUAAUGGGGCUGUUCAUUGUAAUUUUCACAAACACUCCUAGGAAUUAUCCGAAUCUCAUUUUUGCUGGAAUCCCAUUCAUUUUCACCCGUCAGAGGUACAUGUACACUGUACCAAUUCUUAAACAGAAAAAAAAAAAAAAACAUUCUUUCACCAGCAAUUUUUGGCUCCAUUCCUUAAAAGAUAUCACUACAACUGUUAUGGAAGUCAAGAGCUUGUAGCGGCCCCUACUCAUGCUGAGCUGAACGUUUGCCCUCCCCUCCCCCCCCCUCAUCAAAAACAGCGUACCGCAACCACCUGUGUCAUUUUCAUAUUGGGGUCUCCCUGGACCCCUACUGACAAGCACCAAAAGUGUUUUUGUUUCACUUUGGUCUUUUGGUUUUAUUACGAUCAUUAUUCUACCUUUUGAUCAAAUUGCAGGACAUCGCCUUCAAGAUUGUCAACCGAGAGUGGGAAUAUUCUCAUCGCCAUGGGUUCCGCUGUCAAUUUCAGAACAACAUUUUCCAGCUUUGGUUUCAUUUUAAGCGAUAUAGAUAUCGAAGAUAACUGUUACAGUCUGCAUUAUUAUCUUUGUGUAAUGCAAGAUGUGAAAUGUGCAAGAUUUUCCACCUCUGGGAGUUCAGCUGCCCAAAAGAAAACCAUCUACAAAAUAAAACAGACAAACAAACUUCCCAAGGUUAUGAAUGGACCUAUUUUUGGGAGUGAUGCUCAUCAGUAAUGCUCAUUAUGGAGUUACAUACUGCAGGUCCAAAAUGGUUGUGUAUAUGAACUCGAUGUAUAUAAAAUUUUUAUGGUCUUUUAUAGAAAUAUUAAGGAACAAAACUGGCAAGCAAGCUGUCAUUCACUCAUGUUUGUCAUUUUCCUACUCAUAAUCAUCCAUGUUUCUGGGGUUUAAGACUCAUUCCUGACAAGUAAAAAGUUUGUUGCUAGUAACAAAGACUUUGUAUUAAAGUUAUUAUUUUAAUGAUACUGAAUGUUUUAUUAACAGUGUUGUAAUACAAAUUUACAGUGUGGUUGAAUGUAGCACUCUGAUUGAUUAAUUACACAUCAUUAGCUGCAGCAGUAUAUUUUUAUUCAUUUUC